CCAAGCCACACUCGACCUGACCACAACACUGGAUAAACCUAUCGUCAGUCACCAAACCUCUUCUGCAGCUUUCAAAUUGUAGAGUGUGCUAUUCGAUCAAUCCCUAUUCUAUCUCUAACAUACACUAUUCCAAAUCGGCAGCUUCACACCUGACUGAAUAUCAAUUUUUGACAUAUAAGCUAUUCGCGUCCGAAAAUGCCGCCUUUGAAGGGAAUGCCCUUUGCAAGAGGCGGCAAGGCCAAGGCGCUGCCGAAUCUUCAUUCCAGCGGAUAUAAAGGCCUCGGCGGUAAAGGACUCGCGCAGCCUCUUCGUCGUCACCGCAAGCUCUUGAAGGACACUAUUAUGGGAAUCACUCGUCCGGAUAUUCGUCGUCUCGCUCGUCGCGGCGGAGUCAAGCGCAUUUCUGCUGCAAUUUACGACGAGACCCGUGCUGCUCUGAAAAAGUAUCUCAAAGAUAUCCUCAAAGACUGCGCCAUUUUCCUCGAGCACGCCAACCGCAAGACCAUUACCGUCCUGGACGUCAUUUUCGCGCUCAAGCGCCAGGGCCGUCCCAUCUACGGCUUCGACGACGCCAAUCGUGUGGCAGCCAAACGCGCCCGCCGUGCCAGCACGCGUGCCAUUCGUCAUUAGCUUCCUAUGGCUGCAAUUUUUCAGAUGCCGGUUCCUCGAUUUACCGGUUCUUCAGUUUCCCGGCUCUCUGAUUUCGGUUGUUCUUCGAUCCCCGGCUUUUCUGUUCUCCGGUCCUGUCGAUGUGGUUAGCACUUUAUAGCAGUUUAUGUGGAUGUGGAUGUGGAUGUGCAUUGUGCAUUUUACGCAUGAUUUGAUACUAGCUCGGAUAUCCAAUUCUCCAGUUCUCCAGUUCUUAAAGCGUCUCGCUUAGCCUUGUUAAAUCCUGCUUCUCGAUAGUUUUUUACCUUCAAGCGUGGAGUUGGAUGGAAAUAUGGAACGGCAAUAGGACAUUUAGAUCAUCUCAAGUCCAUAGUAUGAUGGUAUGAUACUUGGCCAUGGGUGUUUAUGACGAUAGCAA